UUAGAAACUGGCGCCGAAAACAUCGGUUUUCUUAAACAUUCGCCUCCAUUCUUUUUCGGUAGUCAUCCUUGUGUUUUCUUGUCCUGGUUUUUAUUUCACUCUAAAUUAAACGCCUCAUUUUUCUACAGUCGACGCCGAACGGAUAUCGCUAGCGAAAAUGGAUGUACCACUGAAGACAAACCUCUUAGCGAACCAACCAGUGGAAAAGGCCAAGAAGGAUUCCAAAAACACAUCAGUAGAAAGGAUCUACCAGAAGAAGACACAGUUGGAACAUAUAUUACUCCGACCUGAUUCAUACAUCGGCUCAGUCGAGCCCGUCACCCAGCAAAUGUGGGUUUAUGAUGACGACAUUGGAAUGAACUGCCGGGAUGUGACAUUCGUACCGGGGCUUUACAAGAUUUUUGAUGAGAUUCUUGUAAAUGCUGCGGACAACAAGCAGAGAGAUGAGCGCAUGUCCUGCAUCAAAAUUAACAUUGACGUCGAAAACGACACCAUCAGCAUCUGGAAUAACGGCAAGGGAAUCCCGGUGGUGGAGCACAAGGUGGAGAAAAUGUUUGUGCCUGCACUCAUCUUCGGGCAGCUCCUCACCUCUAGUAACUAUGACGACGAGGAAAAAAAAGUGACAGGUGGACGUAAUGGAUACGGUGCCAAGCUGUGCAACAUCUUCAGCACAAAGUUCACAGUUGAGACGGCCUGUCGAGAAUCGAAGAAGACAUUUCGACAGACAUGGUACGACAACAUGAGCAAGGCCGGGGAUGCUACCAUCAAAUCGUUUGACGGAGAUGAUUUUACUUGCAUCACCUUUCGGCCCGAUCUGCCCAAGUUCAAGAUGAGUGUCCUGGAUAAAGACACAGUGGCCCUGAUGACCAGGAGGGCCUACGACAUCGCUGGUAGUGCCAAGGGUGUCCGUGUGUUCUUCAACAGCAAGAGGCUACCUGUCACUGACUUCCGCAGUUACGUGAACUUGUACGUGAAGGACAAAGUGAACGAGGUGGGCAAAGAGCUGACGGUGGUUCAUGAGAUCGUGAACAGGCGCUGGGAGGUCUGCCUCACUGUGAGCGAGAAGGGAUUCCAGCAAGUCAGUUUUGUCAACAGCAUUGCCACGACCAAGGGCGGGAGGCACACCGAUUACGUGGCCGAUCAGGUGGUGAGCAAGCUCAUUGAUGUUGUGAACAAGAAGAACAACAAAGGUGGUGUGACGGUCAAACCUUUCCAGGUGAAAAACCACAUGUGGCUGUUCGUCAACUGCCUAAUCGAGAAUCCCACGUUUGACUCUCAGACCAAAGAGAACAUGACUCUGCAGCAUAAGAGCUUUGGCUCCACUUGCGUACUCGGCGACAAGUUCAUUAAACAGGCCACCAGCUGUGGAAUUGUGGAAAAUAUUAUGAACUGGGUGAAGUUCAAAGCUCAGCUGCAGCUCAACAAGAAGUGCUCGGCAGUCAAACAGACCAAAAUCAAAGGCGUGCCCAAGCUGGACGACGCCAACGACGCAGGCGGCAGGAACUCUCUCGGCUGCACGCUCAUCCUCACCGAGGGAGACUCGGCCAAGACUCUGGCUGUGUCUGGCUUGGGCGUGAUUGGCAGAGACCGAUAUGGCGUUUUCCCUCUGAGAGGAAAAAUUCUCAACGUACGAGAAGCUUCACACAAGCAGAUUAUGGAGAACGCCGAGAUCAACAGCCUCAUCAAGAUCCUCGGACUGCAGUACAAAAAGAACUACAGUGACCCAGAGUCCCUCAAGACGUUGCGUUAUGGCAAAGUCAUGAUCAUGACGGAUCAGGAUCAAGACGGCUCCCACAUUAAAGGUUUGUUGAUCAACUUCAUCCACUACAACUGGCCUUCGUUGCUGCACCACAACUUUUUGGAAGAGUUCAUCACUCCCAUCAUCAAAGCAACACACAAGAAAACGCAGCUGUCAUUCUACAGUAUCCCGGAGUUCAACGAGUGGAAGGAGAGCCAGUCCAACUACAAAUCUUGGAAAAUCAAAUACUACAAAGGUUUGGGAACGAGCACAUCGCAGGAGGCCAAGGAAUAUUUUACUGACAUGCAGAGACACCGUAUUCCAUUUAGAUACGCGGGGCCUGAAGACGAUGAAGCCAUCACCCUUGCCUUUAGCAAGAAAAAAGUGGAGGAACGCAAAGACUGGCUCACCAACUUCAUGAUCAAUAGACGCCAGCGGAAGGAGCUGAACCUGCCGGAGGAGUAUCUCUACGGCAAGUCUACCACGUCUCUCACCUACGGCGAUUUUGUCAACAAGGAGCUGGUACUCUUCUCCAACGCUGACAACGAGAGGUCCAUUCCCUGCCUGGCGGACGGGCUGAAGCCAGGUCAGAGGAAAGUGCUGUUUUGCUGCUUCAAACGAAACGACAAACGGGAAGUGAAGGUGGCCCAGUUGGCUGGUUCCGUGGCUGAGAUGUCAGCGUAUCAUCACGGCGAGACUUCUCUGAUGAUGACCAUCGUCGGAUUGGCUCAGAACUACGUGGGGAGCAACAACUUGAACUUGUUGCAGCCUCUUGGCCAAUUUGGGACCAGGCUGCACGGCGGCAAGGACUCGGCCAGCCCCCGUUACAUUUUCACCAUGCUCAGCCCUCUGGCCCGCCUUCUUUUCCCGCCGGUGGACGACAAUCUGCUGAAUAACAACUAUGACGACAACCAGCGCGUGGAGCCCGAGUGGUACAUCCCUAUCAUUCCCACCGUGCUGGUCAACGGCUCGGACGGGAUCGGCACAGGCUGGGCCAGCAAAAUCCCCAACUUCGACGUCCGGGAGAUUGUCGCCAACGUUAGGCGCAUGCUCAACGGAGAGGGCUUGCUACCCAUGCUCCCAAACUACAAAGGCUUUACAGGGACCAUUGAUCAGCUGAUGGAAAACCAGUACAUGGUCUGUGGAGAGCUGUCCGUCCUUGACUCCACCACCAUUGAGAUCUCAGAGUUGCCUGUCAAAACCUGGACGCAGACCUACAAGGAGAGUGUUCUGGAACCCAUGUUGAACGGCACGGAGAAGAAUCCCCCUAUUAUCACAGACUACAAGGAAUACCACACCGACGUCACUGUCCGAUUUGUGAUCAAGAUGACCGAAGAGAGGCUGCUGGAGAUGGAGGCUGCGGGCCUCCAUAAAGUCUUCAAGCUGCAAAAUCCUCUCACCUGCAAGUCCAUGGUUCUGUUUGACCACGCGGGCAGCCUGAAGAAGUACGACUCCGUGCUGGAAAUCCUCAAGGACUUCUUCAAGUUGAGAUUGUCCUACUACGACCUGAGAAAGCAAUGGCUGGCGGGCAUGUUGGGGGCAGAGAGCGCCAAGUUCACCAACCAGGCUCGUUUCAUCCUGGAGAAAAUCCAGGGCACCUUGGUCAUUGAGAACAAACCAAAGAAAGAACUGAUUCGCAUGCUGCAGCAGAUGGGUUACGACUCGGACCCAGUCAAAACUUGGAAACAGGGUAGCGGCAAGAAUGAGGAGCAAGCAGAGGAGGAUCAGGAGGAAGCUCCAGAGGAGGACACCAGCGGUCCCGACUACAAUUACCUGCUAAGCAUGCCCAUGUGGUACUUGACCAAGGAGAAGAAGGAGGAGCUGUGCAGGCAGAGAGAUGCCAAGAUGACAGAGUUGAACGUGCUGAGCAACAAGACUCCGGCGCGCCUGUGGGAGGACGACCUGACUGCGUUUAUGGAAGAACUCGAUCGCGUUGAAGCCAAGGAGAAGGAGGAUGCCAAGAUGCCCGUGGCAAAGAAUUCCAAAGGCAAAGCGGCAAAGACGAAGGCCAAAGUGGUCACCCUGCCCACGCCGCAGGGUCGCCGCAUCAUCCCGCGCAUCACCAGUGCCAUGAAAGCCGAGGCGAGCAAGAAGGCCGACCUCAAGAGAAGCCGAAAAGACAAGACCGAAGACGUGAACACAAAGAUAGAUUUUGGGGAUGGUGACCAAGAAGAUGACCUGUCUCCUCCCCUGGCAAAGAAAAUAAAAACAAGCUCACAGGGCAAAGGGUCAAAGACGGGCAAGCAGACCACCCUUCAGUUCAAGCCGGUUGCCAAGAAGGCCAAGAAGAGUCUGACAUCGGAUGAGGAGAGUGAGAGCUGCUCUGAGAAUGAAAUGGAGGUUGAGGAUGUUGUUGCACCAAGAGAGAAAAUUCAACGCAAGACCAAAGUCGCCAAGAAGUACAUGUCUGAUAGCGAGGAUGAGUUUGAUGACUGCGUGAAGAGUAAAGCUAAAAAACGGAUUGGCGCCAUCAGCGACAGCGACGACGACGAUAGCUUUGCUCCAAACCUCGACGGCUCGAAUGAAAGUGACCUGGACUCCCCCAAAGCGCCAGAGCCACCGAAGAAAGUGACAAAGGCUAAAUCAACAGCCAAGAAACAACUUGGAAGCAAAUCGAUCGCUCAGUCAGACAAGCAAGAGGCUGCGCCAAAGGCUCCAAUUCAGCGCAAGACCAAAGCGGCUGCUCCCAAGAAAGCUGCAGAUGUUAAGCAGCCGUCCAUCAUGGAUGCUCUGUCUAAACAAAAACCAACAGCGUCCAAGAGUAUUCCCUCGUUUGACUCCAGCGACUCGGAGCCUAAAGUGCAGAAGGCCAAGUCGGCCCCCAAACGUAAACAAAUCCAAAGUGACUCUGACAGUGAUGUGGCGGACCUCAAGUCCCGCCUUAAGGCCAAAUCAACCGCAGUAGCAAAGAAAAAAGCAAGCAAGUUGAGCGAUGAGGAAAAUGCUGCUCCAGCGCCACCUCGCAACAUGCUCAGCAGAGCUAAGAAGCCCGUUUGUUACGGCUUUGACUCCGAUUCCGAGUCCGACUAAAACAGUGUUCAUUUACUCUCAUUUUGUAUUUUGUAUCUUACUGUUCAACAUGAUUUUAUGUUGAGUUUUGAAAUGUUAAUGUUUAAAUGUUUUUACUUGUUCUAACUUUGUAGUUGCUUGACUGUUUCCAAAAUAAAGUAGAAAACAUUG